UAUCGGCAAAGUGUUGUUGGACCCGUUUUGAAGUCAACUUGAGAGGGAAGCAAGUGAUUUGCGUUUGCGCGUCUGUGCCGUGGAUGUUGCGCCACGCAGCAUUUCGCUGUCCAGCUGGCAUGUGAGUGACUGCGUGCAGUUUGCAGUGCGCACCACCGAUCACCACCGUUUGAACUGGCAGGAACUCGGAUGAGCUGAUGAGUCUAACUCUUAAACGUCUGUGGGGCGCUUUUGCCAGAUGAUACCUGUUGAUUUUGUAUCGCGCCAUGUCCUGCUGUCGGACUGAAGUGGACAAUGAAGUUAUGGGAUAGCCUGACCACUUGUUUGAUACUACUGAGCACCGUUCACGCCAGCCCGCUGCUCCAGAGCCCACAGCAGCCCACUUCCACCAAGAAGAGAGGGCGCGUCGCCGAGAGUCCCCGCGAGCUCCCGCCCGUUCAGAUCCGCCUGUCUGUUUCUUCCCCGAGCAUAGAUAGAGCAAACACGGACGAAACGCUGGCUGGAGGAGAAAAAUACACCAUGGAGGAGCCCCUCCCGAAUGAGUUUGAUGAUGUGGUGAACUUCAUCAGAGUGACCAUCAGUAGAAUACGUCGCUCCUCCUCACUCGCUGUGUCCUCAUUUACCACCACCACCAUCCCCACCUCCUCCUCCUCCUCCCCCUCUAAUGAUAACUUUGACAGCAGGACUCUACAUAGAAGGGGGAAAAGGAAGGGGACAAGCCAGCGAAAUAGUGGCAGAGGAGCAGAAGGAUCUAGGGGUGCUGGCACAGGUGGGAAGAGUAGAGGAGGAGGAGGUGGCAGAGGACAGGGCUGCGUGCUAAAACAGAUCCACCUCAAUGUGUCAGACCUCGGUCUGGGCUAUCACUCCAGUGAGGAAAUGAUAUUCAGGUACUGCUCUGGACCGUGCAGAAAGUCUGAGACCAACUACGACAAAAUCCUUUACAACCUCAUUCACAACAGGAGGCUUCCCGCCAAAGACAUGCCCCCUCAGGCUUGUUGUCGGCCAAUUGCGUUCGAUGAUGAUCUCUCGUUUCUGGAUGACAGCCUAGUUUACCACACCGUGAGGAAGCACUCUGCCAGAAAAUGUGGCUGCAUGUAGGGAGUGCGACCUGGUGUCAGGCUUUGUGUAAUUUUAACUUUUUAUACUCCCACUUUGAGGUAUAGUGUUUUGUUUUGUUUUUUUCUUCAGUUCUGUCUUCACUCACGAAAGCUUUCUGGCAUGUGGUGAUUUAUGACUUGGAUUUAGCAGUAUAGGAGUAAAUAAAGAGAGGAAGUGGCAUUACAUAAAUUUUUACCCCAAAGAAAUUACUUUCAGGAGUUGCCUCGGCACCAUUACAACUUGUUUGAGUUCCUUUACGGUCUCCAGAUUGGCUGUAUGGGAUUUCAUAUUCCCAUCUAUAGUUAACCAAAAAAGACAACUCAAUCACAUUCACACACAAUGAGUAAUUCAGCCAACUCACUCUAUCUACUGUACAGCACAUAUAUUACAUGAAAAGUCACACAUGAAAUGUAUUUAUGAAAUAUUGACUAUAUUAAGUUAUUGAUAUUUAUUUGUUAUUGUUUUUAAUGAAUAAAUGUUAUUUAUUGCUGUGAUCAACUCUCAUCAGAGUGUGCCAAAGUUUCAGAUCAAAUAUGAUUUAUUUUCAUAUAAAAGCGGUGCAUUUUGAUCUUUUCAGCAUCUAAUCUUAAAAGUACCCUGCUGAGUUGUCUUGACAAUGUUAGGGUCCAGGGUU